AUGAGUUUUGAUUCUUCAGUUGCAGGGUAUGCUUAUUGAUACUAUUUAUACACUGCGAUUGGUAUUUCUAGCUAUUCGAUUUUAUCAAUUUUUUUAGUAUUAUCAAGACUAAAUAAACUUUUGGAAAAAUUAUUGAACCAUGCAAGAAGCCUAGCCUUAUUAUUGCUGCCUAUAAUUGGAAAUAUAAUAUUUGUGCCUAUGGUUUUAGUGCUCUUAAGUAUUUUUCAAUGCGACCAAGGAAUUGGCCAAGAAAUUACUGAUUCUUUUAUAAGGCAUGACUGCACCAAUUAUUGUUGAGAUAAUAAAUAUGUCUUACCAGGAGUUUUAUCAAUAAUAUCUUUGGGCAGUUAUAUACCUUCAGCUAUUUAUUUUAGAAUUUAUUAUGAAAAUUGCAAUGUGUAUAUUAAUAUAAAAAUGAAACCUAUUUUUCUAAUAGAAAAAUCAAUUUGCCAAGUGGUUAUGAUAUCUAUGAAUAAAACUGUAAAAUUUUAUGAUGAGUCUUUGCAUGGGCUUUGCUGCAUAAUUAUUUUUGCUAUAUUUAUUGCGCUAUGCUUUAAGCAAAAUCCUUAUAAUUAUUAUAAAUGAAUCUUUGGCUGAUUAUUUCAUAUUUCGCAGUUUCGUGGAGCUUUAUUGUAUCAUCUUUCUAUUGGGUCACAAAUAUUAAUUAUUUACCUCUAUGAUAUUUACUUCAAUAUUCAGUAUUCCUUAUUUUAA